AUGGUUGCCGUAACCUCAACGCCGACACCGGUCCAGGGCGCCGUUGGAGAGUCUGAUGAUGACGGGUCAGACAGUACUGGCCAUGGACCCGCUGUCCGUGCCACAAACGAAGCCCUCCCUGACGGCACACGGUCAAAAUACAAUGCAGUAUUCAUGCCGAGACUCCUCGAGCUUCUAGGACGUCUCGACAAUCCAUGGGAUCUCCAACGUAUCAAUCCUGCAGCUGAGAUGCAACGUCUUUGGGAGGAGCUAUUCCCGAACCAUCCGCUCGGCUAUGUCAUGCAACCGAAAACCCCGGUCUAUGUUUUAACCAUGCAGCGCGUGUACAAUUGGCGAUCGGACCUGGGCGAGGCUGCAAUCAAUGCGGUCAAGAAGUACUGGGAAGAUAAUCAGCUCUUCGGAACGGAUGAACGCACUGCGUGUGCAGCCUUCCAUAUCGGGGACAGUGAUCCUUACUUGUAUGGGCAUGUCAAGACCGUCAAGCGCGGGGAUAAGUUGGUCAUCGAGAAACACUACCAACGUUUUCAGCAUGCAAUCGUCAUGGAGACGCUGGCCGAGCACCUCUGGAUCAUCAGUAAGAUCCCAUCGCACGGCAAUCCAUGCGGCGCGUUGUUGCUCGCAUGUGCCGCGAACGCAGGCGCUCGCGCCAUGUUCUACGUGCGCUCCAUCAAGCGUUUGGACGCCAGCGCAUGGGACGCUAUCCUCGAGCGUUCGUGCGCGUUGAUUCGCGAGCGUUCUGCCAGCGGCCAGCGAAAUGCCCACGAUCUAGAUGAAGCCGAUGUUGACGACUCGGAUGCCAUGUACUCCGAUUCCGAGUCGGGCUCGGACACAGCGGAUCACCACCCUCAGACUGACCCCACGGCGUCCGAUGACGAGCAAAAUGUAUGCUAG